AUGGAGGCGCUAUCACUGAUAGCACGCAUAGAGGAUCGCAAGCUUGAGCAGUUGGAAAAUGAGACGGUCACUACGAAGGACAAGGUGGGUUUGUCGGCAAUGGCUAUGGAGUUGCAUUGGAACCACUACCUCUACGACUACGUGGCGAAGGGUUCUUUCGAGUCUGGCUUGCGAGCAGUACGAGAUGCUCCAUUCUUCGAGGACUUGCCGGGUGAAUGCAUUUCAGGGCUAAUCCCAGGAGGUGGUUUGGAGAAUGGUUGGGACAUCUUCAAACUUAAUGGCUUCCUCACACGCCCACAAAGAAGGAAGCUUAUGGGAAGUAAGAGAUGGGUGGUCCAUUUGUUUGCCGGUGCAGAAGGACAUUGGCAGGUGAUGCAGCUGGAUCAAGGCGAGACUUCGGUUAUCGAGCUUGACAUUGCCCGCUGCAGUGGUCACGAUGUUCUGCGGGACGAGACGUGGCGUAUGUUGUUGUGGGGAGCAAAGCACGGCAAGGUUGAUGUGGUGAUGGGUGGUCCCCCUGGACGUUCUCUUCAGCACUGCAAAGGAGGUGACCGUGAUGUGAAAUCACUGAAGCUGAUUGCGAGAAUGAUGUGGCUUUACGCGGUGGCGCAAGUGGGACGCGAAAUCAAUGCAAGUGGCGCCAAUGUAAACAGGGAAGUUGCCUUCGUGAUGGAGUAUCCAGAAGGGUUUCCGGCCGAUCAGCGUCGAGCUCGUGAGCAGCAAAUUCAGGAAGCCGAAGAUGCCUGCCGGGUCCCAGGGAGAAGACGGGGACCAGUGGCAUCAUGGGACGGUACCCGUCGGUACUGGGAGCAAGUACAAGAGCGAAGGUGGAACGAUCAAGUGGGCUGGACCACGGUCAGAGGAGACGUGGCGUUCUGGGACACCAGGAUGUGGAAGGGGUUUCAGCGGGAACUCGAAAUGAGAACAGUUUCGUUUGAUCAAGGCGUCAUGGGAGGUGCUACGCGGAACCAAACAACCCUGGGAACCAACGUGAACUCGCUGAUGGCCUUAGAUGAGGCCCGCCUACCAGAUGAUGAUCCUGCUCCACUACGAGGAAGCCAAGACUAUAUCUGGUCAGCAGGACUGGUCAGGGCAAUUACAGUUGCUCUAAAGUUUUGGGAUCGCGAUCCUCGGUGUGCUCCUCGGUUAUGUGCAAUGACGGCUGAGCAGUGGAAGAAUCAUGUCGACACCAACCAUGCCGUGUACCGAAAGGACUGUGCAACCUGUGUUAUGUCACGGGGCAUCGGCCGUCAGCACCGGCGCAUUCAUCACCCGGAGGCAUAUGUCCUGACAGCAGACGUGGCUGGACCAUUAAGCCCUGGGCUGGAUGCUACCUCGAAGGGCACCCUAGGCAAGAAUCUCCGCUACCUGCUUAUUGGAAAGUAUUUGGUACCCAAGCAGUUCAUCGAAGAGUAUACCGGCAAACCUCUACCCGCUGAAGUACCUAAGGAUCCCGGACCAGAACCGCUACCCCUGACCGAGGAGCAGCAGUGUGAUAUGGACGAGCUGUUCGGUGAUUCUGAGGCCAAAGGGAUUCUACAGCUUGAUGCUCCGCAGGUGGAAGUUAUUGGAAACGUCACGGGUGAGCACAGUGGUUGGACUCAUGAUGAAGAUGCAGGAGACUAUGAGCCUUCGGAACCUCCCGGUGAAGAGGAGCCAGUUGAGGAGGAGCAGGUUGAAGAGGAGGGAACAGGGGACUUGAACGUUGUUAUGCAGAGUGGCGAUUGCAAACCACCAGAGAUGACGUUCUUAACGUUUGCCGUUGCCCUUCCCAACAACCAGUCUGGAACAGUCAAGCGCGGAGUUCAGGACAUGGUGCUUUACCUACAAG